AUGGUUUCUUACAAAGGAUGGUAUCAUAUGAUAUCAUGCACGGUCAUUUUUUUAUUUUCAUUAUUACAAAGAAUUGUCUGUUAUAGUAAUUGUUCAUACUGUGUUAAAAUAAAUUUUUUGUGCUUAUUUUUUUUUACAUCAAUUUAUCAAAUGGAGAGAAACCUAUGUGGUAGCCAAUGUAAAUAUCGAUAUGAACAACAAUUAGUUCGUCAACAUCAAAACAAUAAACAAAAACAAAGAAAAGUAUCGUCGUGGUCUUUAUAG